AUUCUGAACUUCAAUUAUCAUCCCUAAUUAUCUCUAAUUCUCGUCAAUUGUAGCUCCUACCCGGUUGCAGUGCAUAGAAAGACACUAACACGAGUCUAAGCGAUCCAAAAAGAAUCCAAGAAAAAUUUCUACAUUAGUUUACACUGGCUCCUCAUUUACUUCUGUUAAGGAAAGGUGUCCAUAGUGUAAAAUCCAGAUCAUUGUUACUUGGAGUAGCGGCCACAAACCAUACAAGUUACAACAUUGUGACUGGAAAGCUUUGCACAUCAUGCCUGCCUGCAGAAGCAACAUGCCGAGGAAGCUAAAAAUCCAGCAAAUAUUCCUUUUCCUUCACCCAGUUCAAGAAAGGAACAUUCAUUCCAAGUCAGAGAUGAACAAAAGAUAUUCUCCUCUCUUCUCCUUUGAAUUUCCAUUAAUGGAACAGCUCCACUACCUUAGGCACUAGGCAAGCUUCCGAUCCCUUCAACCCUCCCAAGCUACCUUGUGUUCUGUCACCUGUUUUCUUUCUUUUGCUGCGGUCUCAGAAAUCCUUUCUGAAACUAGUCUUUGAAAAGGACAAAUGCAAGGAAUUGGCCGAGCAACACGAUCUUGCCAGGAAACGCUUAAGCUUGCAAUUCUACAGCACUGCCAUGGAAGGAGUACAGCUGGGAGGAAAAAUGUAUUUUCACGUCAUGAAUGUGUCACCACCUCCAACCCCACCAUGGAGCAGAAGGGAUUGGAGAAUACAACAGUGGCAGAAGUACUGAUGACAAAGGGAGAAGAGAAAAGUGGAUCUUGGCUCUGGUGCCGCACCAAUGACACUGUUUAUGAUGCUGCAAAGCAUAUGGCAGAAAAUAACAUUGGGUCUCUAGUGGUUCUAAAGCCAGGAGAGCCAAAACAUAUUGCUGGCAUUUUCACAGAAAGAGACUACAUGAGGAAGAUAAUAGCACAUGGAAGAUCCUCCAAAGACACUAAAGUUGGGGAAAUCAUGACUGAUGAGAACAAGUUGGUGACUGUGAGCUCUGAUACAAACAUUCUCCAAGCAAUGCAGCUUUUGACAGAGUAUCAGAUAAGGCAUGUACCAGUGAUAGAUGGAAAGAUAGUAGGCAUGAUUUCCAUAGUAGACAUUGUCCGAGCGGUGGUGGAGCUGCAAAGUGGGGAAGUGAAGAGACUGAACGAGUUCAUUAAAGGAGAUUACUAUUGAAAUAUACCGGAUGAUGUCCAGAUCUAUUAGAGCAAACUGUAAAAUCUGAUGCCCAUCAAAAGUCUUUUUUUAUUUUUAUUUGAUAGGCAAAUAAGAGUGUAUAUUAAUGACUAUAAAAAGAAUGCCAAACUAGGUGGGAUGCUCAUCAAGCUUAUAUGGGAGAUGUAAAUUUGCAGUCUGUUGCCUGAACAAGCAUCCCUCCUUCAUACUUAUUUGUGUGGAAAACAUGUGAAACAACUUCAUGGGAAUGAGAAGUUCGAUCUUGUUAA